CCUGAGUUGGUUUACGUACCUUCGGAACGAAAGAGUCCGGAAAGGCUAGACGCGCAGGUGUUUGGAUCGUUUGUUGUCACAGAAUUAACAAAUACGGGUACAUUCCAGAUGUUGAACAAAUAAAUUAAGAAAACAUCUUCAGAGACAGACAUGGCAUGUACAUUGAAGUUGGUCAAGCUUUUCCUCAUACUCUUCAAUGCUGCGUUUAUUGUUAUUGGAGUUGCUGUUGCGGCUAUAGCAAUAUGGAGUAUAGUAGAGAAAAUUUAUGUGUCAGAUAUCAUUGGAACCAAUCUCUUCGCUGUCGCUUCAUAUAUGAUGAUACUAGCAGGAGUUGUCAUCAUCAUUGCAGCAAUCCUGGGUUUCAUUGCAUUGAAUAAAGAAAGAAAGUUGUUUUUGAUUGUAUAUUUCUUUGUGCAACUAGUCAUCUUUGUGUUACUUAUUGUUGGUGCUAUUCUUGCUGUGUCCUUCAAAGGAGAGCUGGAAGAUUCAAUGAAAAAUGCUAUGACUAACACACUUACACAAAAAUAUGGUGUUGAGAGUGCAGCAACGAAUGCAUGGGACAAGGUUCAAAACAAUCUGAGGUGUUGUGCUGUUGUUGGUAAGGACUGGAGACUUUAUCAACAGACAAAUUGGUUUGCUAACCAACACUAUCUCGCGGACAAGAAGUUUGUUCCCGAAUCAUGCUGUGUGGUUGAUGAGUACCGCAGUGGAGAACCGACCAACCUGUACAACUGUCAACAGUGGAAGCUGGGACCUCCCACCAACCCAACCACAGGCAUGAAGAACAAUUACCUGUAUUACGAAGGUUGCUACUUUGCUGCGAGAGCUUUUGUCAUGGAGCAUGCAGACAUCAUCCUUGCUAUAGGCUUUGGUUUUGGCUUUUUUAUGAUAAUUGGUCUGGCACUUACAGUGUUAAUGUACCGGCUCUUGUCAAAGGAAGAGAAAGACGAAGAAAUCAAAAGAAGACGUCAGCCUGACAACUUGUAGAUCAAAGUCAUGUUCAGCUGCAGAUAGGGCAACCUAUGUUACCAGUUAACCUGUGUUGGUAUUAGGACAAGCAAUAUUGGAGUCAGGAAGGCUUGUAGUAGAAUGGAGUUAAAUUUUGAUAUCAGCAAGUGUCUGUGCAGGAAUUAAUACCGGGGUGGCUAGACUGUGGCAUGUAAAGUUUCUUAAGGUUGUCGAAACAUGCUACCCCAGGAAAUACAUUAAGAAAAAUGAAAUUUUGCUUGAGCAGGCAGAAAUUUUAAUGCAUAACCCCCUCCCAUCUGCAGAUGUGCCUGAAUAGUUUAAAUUGAUAACUAAUUAUGCAUUUCUUACCAGAUGCAGGUUUGACAGGGUUGAAGAACUUGAAAAUGUUAUUUAAAUAUCAUGUACGUCUAUUGACUUAAUCAUUGGAAUGGUUAAAAAGUUGGAAUGCGCCUUAAGUUUAUUGUUGCCCAGAGGAGUUAAGAAGAUUUACCCAUCAUUCAUUCAUUCAUUCAUUCAUGCAUUUCACUUUUUUUAUGUUAUAUCCAGUUAAUGUUCAAUCACACACACACACCUCAGUUAUAUAAGCUGCCUAUCCAGGUUGGACUAAUGGUUGGUUGGUUAGAAGUUGGUGUAGUGGCCUUAUGCUUCAUGAAACUGUUAAAACUUUGUCAGGACGGGAGCAUGUACCAGGGUGGUUUAAAAGAAUAACAACAUUAAUUACAGGUUUUAUCACUAUUUUGUUUCAUCAUACUACCAGUCAUUUUUUAUUGCUGUAUUUUGUCAUUAUCAGCCUAGAUAAUGUGCAACAUUGUUGUUUUUAAAUACUGUAUAUUUAAUUAAUGUUUUUAUUAAUGUAUUUUAUAGUAUACCGUGACAUUUUAAGCUGGAUUUUAAUGGUAGUGUUUGACAAGAGAAGAAUGUUUUUUAAUAAAAUCUGUGCACACUGUGUAGUCCAGAAAACAUGUGAAAAAAAUUAGUUUAAAAGUGUGAAAAACUACAAUGGCAAAUAACCAGAAUAUAAGCAAUAUGCAGCAACAAAUUUGCUCACACGGUCUUUUGUAUUUCAACUUUGUCAUCCUCAUCACCCUCAUCAUCACCAUUAUCAUCAUCAUCAUCAUCAUCAUCAUCAUCAUCAUCAUGUGUGUAUUGUAUAGAAACAGUUUACCAUUAUGAGACACUGUCAAAAAUAUUAAACCAAACCUUUCGACAGAACAUUUUGUUUUCGGGGUUAGCUCAAUAUUAGCAUUCCAAAAAUUAGUAUGAUUAAUAGCAUUUAAGCAGAUCCAUUGCAUUAUAACCUGUAUGGUAUAUCAAUGAUUGAGGUAUGUACUAUCCUGUCUAUAGGAAAAGUGCAUGUAAUGAAUCCACUACAGUAUUUAAGAAUGUGUCCUGGUGGCUGAGAUUUUUUUCUCACUCUAAAUUUAAAGUUUGUUUUGUUUAAUGACACUGCUAGAGCACAUAGUUUUUUCAGUCUAGAUUGAUUCAAAGUUGCCAUACUACAAUCCUAAUACAAACAUUCCUUUCCUUAAAAACAAAUUGCAUUGACUUAUUAUUCCUCAUAUGUGUUGGAAAUGCUCAUUCUUAUAAAUUCUAAUAAGAAUUUUAGAACAUAAUUUAUAUAUAAAAUCUUGCAUUGUGUUUCACUGGUGAGACAUAACAUGCACAACUUUAACACUGGCUGAUGUCACUCUAUUCUCAUAGGUGCAGGCUACAUGUAUCGUAGCUUUGUCCAAUUUCUUCUUAUUAGAAUUUUAAAAAUUGAAAUUAUACAUUUGUCACAUUUUAUUUUUAAAAUAUGUAGAUUAUGCCGCACCAGAAAAACUAAGUAGCUUUAAUAAAAUAUUUUAAAAAUGUUUAUCACCAUUAACAAUCAAAACAAAAAUGUUUAUGAUUAUUAACAGGUGUACAUAAUUAUUUCUCAGUAAAAUACAGUUAUUUGAGCAUGAGAUCAAAGUACAGGUUUGUUACAAUUUGAAAAAAGCUAUAAUUUCUUGUUUUUCAUCAGUUUGCCUACACUUUUUGUCUGAGAUCCAUUGUGUACUGAAUACAGCUUUAAUACUUCAGUCUUGUUUGAGUUUUGGUAUGAAAUCCAUGUAUUAAAAUCGAAAAUGCAUUUACAUAUAAACUUCAUUUUAAUAAUUCGGAGCCAUGAUUGGAGAUAUUUCCAGAUUUCCAUUACUGCAUCCAUCUUCCCGGUGAUGACAUUUCUAGCUUUACCUUUUACUAUAUUAAUAAAUUCACAGUGUGGGUGGAUAUGCUCUGUAAUGGAUAUCAUAAUAAAGUCACAAGGUAGAAUUUUAUGCAAUUGUUCGAUAGUACUUUUAUGUGGUUACAAUAUUAGUAAAAGCACUAAAAGGGAGGGAGAUUAGAAUUGUACAUAACCAGCAGGUAUUUUUGUUCUUUAAUUACCGUAGUACAUGUUAGCUUACAUAUGAAGAUCAAAUGAUUUUAAUGCAUGCAGUAUGUGUGUAGUACUUAUCAUUCCAUUUAUGUGAGUAUUAAUAGCGGUAUAUACAUAAAACCUUCAUUAUAAGUGCCUGAUUUGCAUAGCAUUAUGUACAAAUGAUGAUUGUAUUGUUAUCUCCCCUUAAAUCGGUCAUGCAUAUUAUAAUUCUGAUGAUUGUGGCUAUAAUGUAAUAACUUUUAUUUGUUUAUUAAUGUAUAAUAUUCUUUCUACAGGAUAUAAUAUUAUGAUCAUUGAUUGUAAUCUAUUGUUUGCCAAAUAUGAAUUGAAGUUUUAAUUUUUUAAACAUAAUUUUUAAUAACUUCCUAUAAAGCUAUUUUGAGAUUAUUUGCCAUCUGAGAGAUUUUAUUUUAUUACAAAAGAAAUAAAUUUUAAGCUACUCAUUGAUUUCAAACCAAAUUAUUAAAAUUGCAAAAGCAGGGCACAGUAUUUCAUGUAAAUCUUUUAUCAUUGUUUUGUUCUUGUGUUGGCUUUUCAACUUUAAGUUAAAAUUAAAUGUUGGAAAUGGAUUUAUUGAUAGAUUUUUAAAUAUUUGAUGUAUAGCACAUCAGUAGUUAAAUAGAAAACUACUAUCUCAAUGAAUCAGAUUUAUACUGUUGACUCAAUGUAACUAUACUUUUGACUCUUCACUAAAUGAUAUGGCAAUCAUUUUAUAUUCAUUUUAAUAUUAAAGGCAGUUUCACCAUUUACAAGUUAGUUUUAAAUCCAAAUACACCAGUUAGCAGCUUUUAAUUUUAGAAUGUAACAGUUCACAACAUAACUGAUGAUUUGCAUAAGUUUUUGUUUUCAUUUGACCACUACUCUACAACCUUGUUGGCAUAUCAAACUGGUAUGUGCUGUCAUGUUAUAUAUAUAUAUAUAUAUAUAUAUAUAUAUAUAUAUAUAUAUAUAUAUAUAUAUAUAUAUUGUGAUAGUAUGUACUUUCUUCCUUAUCAAAUAUCACCUGAAGCCAGAAAGUAGACCAUGUAUGCAUAAUGGCAAUUAUCACAUUUGAAACGAAUAUUUAACAAUAUAUUUGGUUGUCUUAAACUUGCCAUUCCUUUUUUUAAGAUUAGUAAAAUGUGAUUUGAAACAUUUUGAAACUCGUUUUCAGCACAUGAGUGUUUGGUUAUGUUUUGGAUACAUUUACAUUGUUUUCAAAUACCAUUCCUAAUAUACUUUUAAAACUAUUUUUAUUAUACGUGUAUUUUAUUAAAUUAUAUUUAAGUAUACUAUAAUUUGAUCAUUGAUUGAUAAAUGUAAUUGUGUUGAUUAUAAAGCUUUGUUUUAUUAUGCACACUGAUGACAUUACUGUUUUAUCUCAUUAUUGUCUCACCUUCACAGGUGAGAUUAGUUGUUACAUUUCUAUUGUUGGCGAAUGUGUCACCACCGACUUUUGCUUGUAUCUCAACUUAUAUGUUUUUGCAUUUAGUUGAAAUUUUCGCACAAUAUAUAUCUUAGACCAAUGAAACUUGGUUUAUACAUGUAGUUAUAACUAUAUAUGUCAGUUUCAAUGAAAUAAAAAUUAUAUUUUUAAAAUUUAUUUUAAUUCUAAGCAUUAUUUUAAAAUCAUGUGCUUAAAAACUUUAGAUUUACAUAGAUUAAUUGUGAAUUUUAUAUCAUAAAUUUCUGUUUAAAUUUAAACAGUUGAUAUAAUUAAUUUAAAUAUUUUUAGUAUACAUUGAUGUCGGUUCAAUAAUCAGCCACACGAACAGUUUAUGGUAAGCGAGAUAUUUAAAUCUUUUGAAUUCUUAUUGAGUAAAUUUGUUUAUAUAGUUUUAUUACAAGUAUUGGAAUAAUGUAUUUUAUGCAUGAUUGGUAUUAUUAUAAUUUUAUUGCUUAGAAUGCAAUAUGGCAUAUCUUUAGUGUUACAUGUACUUUUUAAAAUUCAGCCAGUGCAUCAUGUAGGCAUUAAAAGUACCAUACACAAUGAUACACAGAUGUAUAUCAGUUUUUGUGACUAAUAUUGCUUGGUUUCUUCUGUUGGUAUUAAAUAGUGAUCUGUUAUAAUAAAUUUAAAUGAUUUUAUUAUUAUACAUUUGUGUACAAUCAUGAUUGUUUUAGCUCAAUUGAUUUGUAAAUGUAAUAUUUUGUACAGAAUAAAGAAAAACGUAAA